AUGGCGACUCUGCGAGGAGUCCAGCAGCCAGAGCUCAGCAAGGACCUGUACAAGGUGAUCAAAACUGAAAGCCACGCCAUCAGCUCCUACAAGAAUGCCGGCCGUGACCGUGUCCUGGUGGCAUCCCAAUUGGCGGACUGGGGGUUCAACACUGGCGAUCCAGCCGUUUCUGAGAUAUCCGACAAGCUAGGCAUUCUCCUGUCUGAAAUCGGCGAGCAGGAGGACCUGUUCACAUAUAACCUGGAGGAGGCAAGGACCAUUCUGAAGCAUAUCAGGAACACGGAGGGUUCAGUGCAGCCAGCCAGAGACCACAAGGCCAAGAUCAUCGACGAGAUCCAGAAGAACAAGCUGCGUGACCCUGACGGCGCAAAGGUCACUGGCCUGGAGCAGGAACUUGUUCGGGCAGAAGCUCGAGCAUUGGUGGCUGAGGCCCAGUUGACCAACAUGACCCGCCAAAAGUUCAAGCAAGCCUUUGACAUGCACCUCGCAUCUACCAUCGAGCGAGCUGAGAAGCAAGCCCAGCUUGCCCGUCACGGCCGCCGCCUGCUAGCUCUCAUAGACGACACCCCAGUCGUCCCCGGCGAGGGUCGAGGACAGUUCGACCAGACCGAGGAGAGCCGCCAGAUAAUGGAAGACGCCGAGUCAGAUCUCAAGUCCUGGGAGGCCGAGCUUGAGCCUGUGCCGAUGGCGUCUGAAGGGCUCAUCCCUCGAAAAAUCCGGGCCCAGACCAACGGCAACGGCGUGAAUGGAGACGCAGAAAAGGACGAGAUCGAUGCAAUCUAA